UCUCUCAAGUCAUCUGGUUGUAACGCGUUUGACUUCAUCCAACGUUUAUCCCCUCAACAUCACCGAUACGAUUUCCUUAUAUUUGUUUAUAUAUACAACUUUACAAGGGGCUCAUCGACGAAGCUUGUUCUUGUUUAAUUCUGGACUCAGGCCAGCACAUAGACUGAAAAAUCUCGAUUACGUUUGUGCUUUUUGAGUUUAUAGCUCAAUAACUUCAAAGAUCUGAUUAUCUUUGAUUUCCUUUCAUUUAUCAGAAACUAUGGCGGAAGGGAAGACUGCGAUUGCUAAGGAUAUUACCGAAUUGAUCGGAAACACACCUUUGGUUUAUCUCAACAAUGUUGUGGAAGGUUGUGUUGGACGUAUUGCAGCCAAAUUGGAAAUGAUGGAACCCUGCUCUAGUGUUAAAGACAGGAUUGGUUACAGCAUGAUCUCAGAUGCUGAAGCAAAGGGGCUCAUCAGUCCUGGACAGAGUGUUCUUAUUGAACCAACAAGUGGUAACACUGGCAUUGGACUAGCUUUCAUGGCUGCAGCAAAGGGUUACAAGCUGAUCAUCACCAUGCCUGCAUCCAUGAGUAUGGAAAGACGAAUUAUCCUCCGUGCUUUUGGUGCUGAGUUGGUUCUUACAGAUCCUGCUAAAGGAAUGAAAGGUGCUAUGCAGAAGGCUGAGGAGAUAUUGGCCAAAACACCAAAUGCUUACAUUCUUCAACAGUUUGAGAAUCCUGCAAAUCCAAAGAUCCAUUAUGAAACAACUGGACCGGAAAUUUGGAAAGGUUCAGAUGGUAAAAUUGAUGCUUUUGUUUCUGGUAUUGGCACUGGGGGUACCAUAACAGGUGCAGGGAAAUAUCUUAAAGAGCAAAACCCUAACAUAAAGCUUUAUGGAGUUGAGCCCACCGAAAGUCCUAUUUUAUCUGGAGGAAAGCCUGGUCCACAUAAGAUCCAAGGGAUUGGUGCUGGUUUUAUUCCUGGUGUUUUAGAAGUUGAUCUUAUUGAUGAAGUUGUUCAAGUCUCAAGUGAUGAAGCCAUUGAAACUGCAAAGCUUCUUGCUCUCAAAGAAGGAUUACUUGUGGGAAUAUCAUCUGGCGCUGCAGCUGCAGCUGCAAUCAAGAUUGCCAAGAGACCAGAAAGUGCUGGAAAGCUGAUUGUUGCUAUCUUUCCAAGUUUUGGGGAGCGGUACUUGUCUUCAAUCCUGUUUGACUCGGUAAGACGUGAGGCAGAGACUAUGACUUUUGAGCCUUGAUUGAAUGCUUUGUGUUGACUAUGAAGAAGAACUAUGUCAACUUAUUUCAAGUUAGUUUGUAAGCUAUGCAUUGUUUUUCAUGAGGAACCAUGUCAUUAUUUAUGAUGCUUUUAGUUUUAACGAACAUGCUUAUCUUGUAUCCACCGAGUAUAAAUCUUAUUUAUAACAUGCAUAAUUAAGAUUAAUAUCUAUGCAUAAUUCCAGUUUUAUUCCA